AUGCAUAAUGAUCUGAUGUUAUUCUAUUCAUUUUAUUUCUUUGCAAUAUUAUUAAUAUUAAUUAAAACAAAAAUUAUUGAUGGCCAAGAAGCAACGAUCUAUGUAAGACGUGGUGAUACAAUUGAAUUAUGUGACAAUCGUACAACAUAUAUUUAUGCUUAUGAGUUUCGAAGUUUUGAUGAUAAGAAAAAUUUAAUUGUCGAACCAUCAAAGCAUGAACGUUAUUCAAAUCCAUAUCGAACAAGUCUAUUACGAAUAACUAACGUUAUAGAAAAUGAUAGUGGACAAUACAAAUGUCCACAAGAUGACACUGAAUGGCAAAGACUUCAAGUAUAUGUACCCGUCCAACAUGUAUACAUGACGAAUCUUCAUACAUCAUCUCAUGUGCAUAGUGAUCAAUUCUGCACAAUUGAAAAUAAUAAUUGUUUAGCUGCGAUUGAUGGUCAACCAUUGGAUAUUGCUUGUGCUGCCGAUGGUUUUCCUCGUCCUGCACUUGAUAUAUCAUUAGAUAAAAAUGGUAUAACACCAACAAUCAUGGCAUUAGCGAGUAGAAUUCAAGCGCCAGCUAUUGUCACUAAUCAAUUUAAAGCAAGUGUUUACGAAGUCUAUCGUAUUCUAGGUUUAACACCAUUGGACAAUGGACGAAAUAUAACAUGUCGUGUUGAUAUGAAACAAAUCAAUAAGAAACUUAUGUUAUCAACAACGAAACAACUUCAUAUUGAAUUUCGUCCAAGUGUAGUAGAAAAAUCAAAAAAAAUCUAUUCUGGCAUAAAUCAAACACGUACAAUAAAUUGUACAGUUCUACGUGCUAAUCCAACGUAUAUACGUUAUUCAAUUAAUGGUCUAUCACCAUUAAUCACACGUCGAAUAUAUGAUGACAAACAUGAUUUUCAUUAUACGUUUGAUAUAACGCCAACAUCAAUUGAACAUUUUCGUCCAUUUAAUGUAACAGCAAAUAAUAGUAUUGGCUCUGAUGCAUGCACGUAUGAACUUAUUCAUGGAGGCAUACCCGAUCCAAUAACACAUUGUAAUGUGGAUACAUAUUCUUCUAAUAUAACUAUAACAAUAAGUUGUACGAAAAGCUAUGCACAAGGUGAUCUAGAUGGCUAUGGUUGUAUACUAUUUAAAUUUAAUGAUAAAUUGAACAAAAACCUUUUUGAAGAAAUCGCUCGAACGAAAUCUUGCAUUUUUGCACUUGAGAAUUCUCAUGAACCGGUUGAAUUUCGUGUCGGUUCUUUUAAUCAUUAUGGAUCGUUACCACACAAUAUUUAUGGUUAUAUUAUUCGAUUAAAUGAGCCAAUAAUAACCAAAGAAACACCAUUUAUUAACAGGAGAAUUAUUGCUGUUAUUGGAAGUAUAUUUGGUGGUACGCUUCUGUUAUUUUGUUUUUGUUGUCUUUGUGGAACAAGUUGUCGUGAGCAAACAAAAUUUCCCGAAAAAAAUGAUUAUUAUCAAAAAAAACACGAUACACUUUUACAAUUGGUUCCUACUGAAAAUGAAAAGCGUGUUCAUCAGAAUAGAAUUGUUUAUGAUAUUCCAGCUCAUUUAACGAAUGAUAAACAUUCUCAUACAACAUCUCCGUCGUCAUCGGCAUCUGUCUAUCAUCAACAGAAAUUGAAACAAUCGAAUCAUAUAAAAUAUAUCGAUCGAGAUUCUAUAACAAGUAGUCUGAACUCAAUAUCGACACGUGCACAUACAGUGAAUAAUAAAUUUUAUGAUCAUCCAACAAUAGAUAAUAAAUAUAUGCCAUCAUCAUCAACGAAUAAAGUUAUACCAACAAUAAAAAAACUUGAAAAGAAUGAAGAAGAAGAAGGAAAUGAAUCACCAGUUUAUUCAACAACAACGGAUGUGUUUUCUGAAAGUGGCUCCUUUCUUGUUCCAUUAUCUCCAUCAAAACGAAAUGCACCACCUCCAUUAAAACCACGCUAUUCAACAUUAAGUUCUGUUCGUUUGCCUCAUGAAAAUAUCGAUCAAACUUCAUUACCCUUACCUAAACCACGUUCUUGUUCAAAUUCACGUACGCGUUUAAAUAAUCCGAAUUCCGAUAAUUCAUUAAGAUUGUAUGAAGAACGUCCUGUUUCAUCGACUGAUUCUGGUAUCGGACAAUCAGACAUUGUUGGUUUACUUAAUGGUGAUACUAUGCGUACCGGUCUUGCUAAAUCAAGACAAAAUAGUCUACAAAAACAUUAUGUGAAUCAAUCUGGUCUUGAACAACAAACAAGAUACCAAACAUUAGCAUCACCGAUCAUCCGUGGUACUGAAUGUUAG